AUGCCACAAUUCGCUCUAAGGCAGAGCAGAGCCCGACCCCCACUCCUCCGUCUCCCAGAUGAGAUCCUCGAUGAGAUUGCAUCAGAGCUCGAUCUCCACGAGGACCUUAUCAACUUCGCUUUGGCCUCACAUGCUUGUGCCAACAUCGUCAUACCACGGCAUACCCAAUAUCGAAUCAUCCGUGUCCGAAACGUCGGCUUCCAACUAUGGGCUCACCUCGCAAGACGAGCUGAUAUCUCCCGCAAUAUCCGUGAAGUGCAUAUGUGCGAACGACACAACUACACGGCGCCUGAUCGUCUGCCCACCACUCUCGUCGAUCCUCAACUGGAUCUGUCCCAGUAUCCAGAGGCGGAUCGUGUGCGGAAUAUUUGCGAGGCACUGAGUCAUAUGACCGACUUACGGGUGUUCAGUUGGUGUUGGAAUACGACGGGCCCGCAGCAGCGGAGCAAGCCAACGGUUGAUUCUGCCCACGAGGAUGCGAUUCUCGAUAUCGUUCGUCACAAGCCGACGCUGAAGCACCUUGGGCUUUCGGGGCGCUUCGCCAAUCACGUUAAAAGUUCCAACAUCGACCCCAACAGCAUGUCAUAUCCGCUAUGGGAUAUAUCCAACCUGACUGCCUUGUGCCUACUCGGGGAUGCCUGGGUAAAGCCGGGAAACGCUGCACACGUUAGCCACAUGUUUGAGCUAUCGCCAGGGCUUGAGUACUUGGAAAUCCCUCUCGAAUUUCAUAACCUCGCGAAAUGCAAGUUUCCCUGCCUCAAGAAGCUGAAACUGUCGCUCCAAUCUGGCGCUACGUCUUCAAUUGACGAGUCACGUGCACGGUUCCUGGAGAACCAUCCGACCAUCGAGGAAUUGACUUGGUUCCCGAUCGGCAUUCCCAACCUCGCGCCUGGUAGCUUGCCCAUCUUGAAGCGCUUGAGGACGAGCCUUCAGGUGGUCAUCGCGCUCGAUCAGCUUUCACAAGAUCAUGUUAUACAGGUCGACAAACUGGAUGAUCAGGUUUCACCACAACAGCUAACGCUUUCAACGCCAACGCCAGGUCCCCCGGUCCUCCGCCCAUUGGAAUGUCUCGACGUGCGUUCCGUUGACGCUCAGACCCUGGCAAGCUUCAAGACGUUCGAUCGGAUGAGUCUUCGUAGACUCAGAUUGCACAUGUUGGGGGAUCUGCACUCGAUCCACCAGCUCGCCGAGUUCUUCCCCAACAUCACUUGGCUUUCCUUACCCGCCGUCCACCUCCCCAAAGAUGCCAUCCACCCAGCCAAUGUGAAACUCGAAGAAUGGUUCGCCAUUCUAUCUCUCUUCCCAAACCUCGAAGUCUUCCGCGGUCGAGGGCUAUGGACCGCCGUCGAUUCAAAGAAGGAAAAGAUGCAUACGGCUAUCAUGCAGCUUGUCCAACUUUGCCCAAAGCUUCGCGAGCUCGACCACUGCGAUUUCUACGAGAAGCGGUUUGCGUGGAGGAGAAUUGCUAUUAUUAGGGAGGGCGAGUUCGGGGCGUCUUUGAUGUUACUGAUGGGGCAUUUGAUUAACUUUAGAGUUACAUUCGGUUUCUCGCAACACCCUAUCUCAACUACAAUGGUCGAGCUAGCUCUCAUUGUUGUAUUUUGUAUUACUGUCGCUGUCCUCGGUGCUGUGGUAAUGCUAUUGUGUCUUCUGUCAUACCAUGAAGUGCUGAGAGGAUUUCAAGUUUGGGUUUUGUGA